AUGGCGGACCAAGGCCCGGGGGGCAGCCGCCUCCCCCUGGCGCUGCCCCCGGCCUCCUCCCAGGGCUGCUCCUCCGGCGGCGGCGGCGGCGGCGGCUCCUCGGGGGGCUCGGGCCACCCCCCGCACCCGCGCAACCUGCAGGGCCUGCUGCAGAUGGCCAUCACGGCGGGCUCUGACGAGCCGGACCCCCCUCCGGAGCCCAUGAGCGAGGAGAGGCGCCAGUGGCUGCAGGAGGCCAUGUCGGCCGCCUGCCGGGGCCAGCGGGAGGAGGUGGAGCAGAUGAAGAACUGCCUCCGAGUGCUGUCCCAGCCCACACCCUCCUCUGCCGGCGAGGCCGAGCUGGCCACCGACCAGCAGGAGCGCGAGGGGGCCCUGGAGCUGCUGGCGGACCUGUGUGAGAACAUGGACAACGCCGCAGACUUCUGCCAGCUGUCGGGCAUGCACCUGCUGGUGGGCCGGUACCUGGAGGCGGGGCCCGCGGGGCUGCGGUGGCGGGCGGCGCAGCUCAUCGGCACGUGCAGCCAGAACGUGGCGGCCAUCCAGGAGCAGGUGCUGGGCCUGGGCGCCCUGCGCAAGCUGCUGCGGCUGCUGGACCGGGACCCCUGCGACUCGGUGCGCGUCAAGGCCCUCUUCGCCAUCUCCUGCCUGGUCCGGGAGCAGGAGGCGGGGCUGCUGCAGUUCCUCCGGCUGGACGGCUUCUCCGUGUUGAUGCGGGCCAUGCAGCAGCAGGUGCAAAAGCUCAAGGUCAAGUCAGCCUUCCUGCUGCAGAACCUGCUGGUGGGCCACCCGGAGCACAAAGGAACCCUGUGUGCCAUGGGCAUGGUCCAGCAGCUGGUGGCCCUCGUCCGGACAGAGCACAGCCCCUUCCACGAGCACGUGCUGGGAGCCCUGUGCAGCCUGGUGACGGACUUCCCCCAGGGCGUGCGGGAGUGCCGGGAGCCGCAGCUGGGCCUGGAGGAGCUGCUCCGGCACCGCUGCCAGCUGCUGCAGCAGCACGAGGAGUACCAGGAGGAGCUGGAGUUCUGCGAAAAGCUGCUGCAGACCUGCUUCUCCAGCCCCACGGACGACAGCAUGGACCGGUGA